CCUGUGGACCCCACACGAUGUGGGUCCCACACUACCGUGGCCGUGAUCUUCUUUGGUACACCAUGCCUUGUACUGCGGAGGAGUCAAACUGAAUCAUGGUCUCGUGUGAACUUUCGACUCAAACUUGCCUACAAAACGCUUAGAAGCUAGAAGCAGAGUGAGAGAGAGAGAGAGAGAGAGAGAGAGAGAGAGAGGUACAUAUUUUCUUCACCCAUCAAGGCCACUCAUUCCUCAGCUGCAUUUUAGAGAGAGAGAAAGCUCAUUAAAGCACAAAGAUAGAUACACCAGCAGAGCUAGAGAGCUAGGUCCAAUGGAGUACGAGAGGAUAGACAAAGUGCAGACUGGUAUAAUUUCUCCAAGUAAACUGAGGAUGAAGCUCCUCGGGCCUCACAACCUUCGGAAAAAUGGAUCAAAUAGUAACUCCUCAAGAACUUCUCCUUCUAGAGUUGAGGAUGUUGAAUUUGUGAACAGCUUAUUAGCUCAAGCAGACAGGGAUGAGGAAGUUGCAUCUCCAAGCUUAGACGUUCCACCUACAAAAUUAACAGGUGAAGCAGCAAUGGUUCCUCGGCAAACUGACCAGAAUUCUUGCCAACCAAAGGAAUCAUUUCCAAGAGAAAACAGCGAAACUACUCGUAUCAAGUUUCAGCAAUGUAAUAAGGCUGUCAGCGGUAAUUCAAGCACACUCCACCAAUUGAGAAUAAUGGAAGAUGAAAAUCUAGAUUACGAUAGUAAUGCUAGUUCAUCUAGCUUUGAGUUUCAUAAAGGGGAAAGAAUAGGACACAAUCCCAUUUCACGGUCACUCUCAAGACCCAUGUCAUCCAAGUGGAAUGAUGCCGAGAAAUGGAUAAUGAAUAGGCAAAAUGUACAAGCUACACAUCCUAAAAGAAAUGCAUUACAAAACCAAACGAAUAGGUUUCCAGUGACAAAUAUGGGGAAGGUUGCUCCGGAAUGUGCCAAUUAUGAUUAUAAGUUAUCAAUUAGCAGGGUGGUGGACACGAAGCGGGUUGAUUUCUGUCAGCCUGCAUCUCAGAUGGGAUAUGAUAGGUUCUCUUUUGUUCCUGCUGGGAGUCACCCCAUUUCAGGCCAAGCUUACGUGGGGAAUGCACCAAUAGAUCAAUUUGCUCAAAGCAAGGAUUUGAAAGAAGUGGUGCAAAGUGAUGUUGCCUGCUCAACAGCUUCAGAAGAUACAACAGGAAUUCCAGCCAUAAGAUCAGUCUCUAUGAGAGACAUGGGAACUGAAAUGACACCUGUUACAAGUCAAGAGCCUUCAAGGACUGCUACUCCUAUAGAGUCAUCAACCCCACUCCGCAGCCCUAUUUCUUCAAUCCCAUCAACUCCUCGAAGAGGGGCACCAGCUUCCACUCCCAUGGAUCACACCACUGAUGAGGAAUCACAACAUGCCAAUAGAAACAGAAAAGAACUGUCAGAAGAAGAAACGAAGCUCAAGACGAGGAGAGAAAUUGUAGCACUUGGUGUUCAGCUUGGUAAGAUGAACAUCGCUGCUUGGGCAAGUAAAGCUGAGCAAGAAAAGGAAAGAUCCUCCCCAGAAACAAAUGAUGCAGCGCAGCUUGAGCGUGCUGAAUUUGAAAAACGUGCAGCUUCAUGGGAAGAAGCUGAAAAGUCUAAACAUCUGGCAAGAUAUAAGCGUGAAGAAAUCAAAAUCCAAGCAUGGGAAAGUCAUCAGAAGUUGAAAUUAGAAGCUGACAUGCGGAGAAUAGAGGCUCAAGUUGAACAAAUGAGAGCGCAAGCGCAAGCAAAGAUGGUGAAAAAGAUAGCAAUGGCUAGGCAAAGAUCAGAAGAAAAACGGGCAGCGGCUGAAGCGAGAAAAAAUCGGGAGGCAGAAAGAACUGCAGCCCAAGCAGAAUAUAUUCGACAGACAGGAAAAUUGCCCUCGUUCCAUUCGCAUUACGUUUGCUGUGGAUGGUUGUAACAAAACCAAUGCUUUGUACAACAGCUGACCCAAAAUGGAUGUGGUUGUAUUAGUUCAAGGUAUACAACAUGAAUCAUAUGAGAGUGUUAUAACAUAAGCUAAUCGGCUUUGUAUUUUACGUGCAAUCAGAGUGUGCAAGCUAUUACACCUUGUUAAUUUUGUAGCAAAUGCAUCAUUUUAUGAGCACCGAUUUGUUCACAAUAACUCUCUCUAUCUCUCUCUC